AUGGACUCUUCCUCAUCCAGCAGGAAAAGACGACGCGAGGAAGAACGCACUUCAUCGUCUCAUCGCUCUCGACACCUCGGAAGAGACUCCGACGGACACGGUUCUCGAGAUUCGGGCCGUUCCUCUCGGCACCACGGUCGUGACUCUCCCUCUCCUGAGCGUUCUCGCUAUCGCUCUGUAGAUCGCCACCCUCACUCUUCUCACAUUUCUGGGUCCUCUCACAAAUCUUCGGGGGCUUCUCACCGCCAUGGCGAUCGCGACAGAAGAAGUCGCGAACGGUCUCCUGAGAGACACCGCGGCUACUCAAAGCGAGACAAGGGACACUCUUCCUCUUCUUCCUCGUCGACUUGUGGGCGAUCCAGGAAGGAGGAUGGACGGAGAGAGAGAGAGGAAGACGAGAGGCGAGGAAGAGAACGCGAGAGAAGAGAACGCGAGGGAAGAGAGUACGAGCGAAGAGAGCACGAGCGAAGAGAGCGAGAGGUGAGAGGUCGAGAAGAGUCGGAUGACGAUUUGACCAACCUGGAAAUUCUCGACGAGGAAGAUGAAGAUCGUUUUCUGGAGGAAAGACGGAGACAGCGUGAGUUGUUGCUCGCCAAGUACGCGCCGCAGCCUGUAGCCGCAGGAGGUGCUGAGCAAGACGAAGAGAAAUCCGAAGCGAAGGACGCAUCCCCGAGCGACAGAGACCAGGAGGGUGGACAGUUCGAGAGGAAAAGCGAGUCGCGCAUGCGGUCGCAGUCUCCGAACGGAGAGCGCGAGAGAGAACGCGAGUCGCGAGGAAAAGGAAGGGAAGAAAGACGGAAUGGCGAGCAUCGCGAGAGCCCAAAAGAGAGCGAUCGGGCGUCCAAAAAGGCAAAAGCCGAGAAGAAUGGCGAGAAAGACAUAGAGAGGCGAACGGAGAAAGGAGACCGCACAGAGGGCGACAAGAAACCUCGCAGUGAUGGAGACGUGAACCACGGAAAGAGUGGAAGAACUGCGGACCGGAACGGAAACAACUCCGAUGAUGAGUCGGCAAACAUCCAGGAGGCGUUGUUUGACCACGAUGGCGACAGUUUGAAGUCUGUGGAGAUGUCUUCUCCCUCGCUGUCGGACCUGGAAGACGCGGACCCCUCGGAAGUGUCCUCUGUGCGUCGAUCCCCGACGGCGGAAGGAGCAGCCAGUGGGAAGGGAGACGCGGCCAGGGCCCCGAACGGUCGCCUUUCUUCUCCAGAGGGAGCCUCGAAGAAAGAGCCCGCGUCUGACGAUCCGGGUGCAUCCGCAAAUUCCGGAGACGCCAACGGAGAGGUUGACGCGGCCGGAGCCGGGAAGUCUGCUGCGCCGAGCUCUGAGGCGCGAGGCUCUUCGAUCUCCGCGUCGGCGUUGACUGCGUUGGGUGGUCUGGACAUGGAAGCUCUGCAGCGGCGGCUUCAGGACGAGAAGCGCAAGCUUCGGCGGUUCGUGAUCCAGAUGAAGGAAAGCGCCGAGCACGAAGAAGAGAGUGGAUCGUCUUCGGACGAAGACAAGAACGACGAUGUGGACAUGUUUUCGGCAGCGACAAAGAGCACCCGGGGCGGACGGGAGAGCAGGCGGUCGCGCAAGAAGUCGCUCCUGAACGUCUCGGCGACGACGGGGCCGGCCGAGAACUGGAACGACUCGGAGGGGUACUACCAGGCGACCGUCGGGGAGUUGCUGGACGACGGUCGGUACCGCGUGGAGUGCGAGGCGAUUGGGAAGGGUGUCUUUUCGAACGUGCUCAAGUGCUACGACCUGCAGGAGAAGCGGUUCGUGGCGAUCAAGUGCAUUCGCCACAACGACAUGAUGAAGAAGGCGGCGGAGAAGGAAACGAGCAUUCUGCGGCUGCUGAACUCGACAGACAAAGACGACAAGCGCCACAUCGUCCGCCUCCUCAGGCACUUUGAGUAUCGAGGUCACUUCUGCCUGGUCUUCGAGUGGCUGUGGGGGAAUCUGCGGACGGCGCUGAAAAAGUACGGCGGCGGCAAGGGUCUGAACGCGAGCGCGAUCCACGCGUACAGCAAGCAGCUCUUCGUCGCGCUGCGCCAUUUGAGUCGGUGCCGAAUCAUCCACGCGGACUUGAAGCCCGACAACAUCCUGCUGAACGAGAAAUUCACCAGUUUGAAGGUCUGCGACUUGGGCAGUGCGAGCGACGUGUCGGACAACGAGAUCACGGCGUACCUCGUCAGCCGGUUCUACCGCGCACCGGAGAUCAUCCUCGGAUGCAAAUACGACGUCCAAAUCGACGUGUGGAGCGCAGCAGCGACGAUCUACGAACUCGCAACUGGACAGGUUCUCUUCCCGGGAAGAACGAACAACGAUAUGCUCAAGUGCAUCAUGGAGGUGAAGGGGAAGAUUCCGACGAAAAUGAUAAAGGCCGGACAGCUGUCGAACCACCACUUUGACGAGAACCUCGAUUUCACUUACCGAGACAGAGACGCCUUCUUCAAGAAAGAAGUGAUUCGCGUCCUCCACGACCUUCGCCCCACGCGCAACUUGACCGAAAUCCUCAUCGAAAAACAACACUGGCUCAAAGGAAACACGCCAAAGAUCAAUUUUCUCCGGCGGAAGAUGCGACAGCUCGGCGACUUGCUGGAGAAAUGCUUGGCACUUGACCCACAGAAGCGGCUGACUCCCGACGAGGCUCUUCAACACCCGUUUUUGAAAGAGAGCAUUCACUUUGGCGCGGAGCACACGCCGAGUCGAUCGCAUGCAGCUUCGAUGAGUUCGCCGGUGCCGGUUUUGAAGGGGACUGGCGGCAGUGGCGGCUCGGGGACUGCGCCGUGA